AUGGUGGAUAACGCUUCGUUUGAGUUCUCCGAUGGAUCAAGCACGGAUGGCUCUUUGAAAUUGAAUGGGGAUGAAACAAAAGAUGGGCAGGUGGUGAAGCCGCUUUCGGGCUCGGCGCCGUCAGUGCGCGUGACGGCGCUCGCUGCGGCGGAAGACGACGCUGCGGACGGCAAGCCGCCCAGCAAGUCGCGGCAAAAGAAAUUUCAACGACAUUUUCCGCAGGUCGGGCCGGAUGAGCGCGUGCUCAAUUAUUACGCUUGCGCUCUAGUGGGUGACCUCCUCCUGCAGGGUCACCUUUAUAUUACGAAGAACUAUUUUGCGUUCUAUUCCAACGUGUUCGGAUACGUGACCAAGCUGCUGAUCCCGACGACGUCGGUGCUGCGCAUCACGAAGGAGAAGGUGGCGCGAAUCAUUCCGAACGCGGUGGGCGUGUGCACGCGCGACGAGCGGCACGUGUUCGGCUCGCUGCUGUCGCGCGACUCCACCUACAAGCUCAUGACGCACGUGUGGAAGGCCGCGCGCGUGCCCGAGCUCGCCGUGCCCCCGCCCAAGGAGCUGCGUGCGUCGGAAGUGGAGCUCGAGGCGUCGGAGUACUCGCCUGAAGACGACAGCAGUUCCGGCGCCGACCACGUGGACGCGCCCGCGCCGCGACACCGCAACAUUGUCCAACCGCUCCGCUCCACCGGCGGCGAGGGUGUGGGUGUGAGCGCGGCGGUGCUGCAGCCGGCGCUGCUGACGGGUGGCGCGGGGGCGGGGGCGGGCGCGCGCUCCCCGCCGCGCUACUGGCGCACGCUACUUGCACUCGCGGCUGCGCUGCUCGCGCUCUCCGCCGCGCUGCUCGCGUAUCGCCUAUUGCGUCUUGCUCACACACAGGAAGAGGCAAAAAAUAUGUCCGGAGAGCAGCUUUACGCCGAGCUGGUGCAAUGGCGGUCGCGUCUGCACGGCCGGGCGGCCGACGAACUGCACGCCUUCCUCACCACCAAUCUUCUUCUCCUCGCUAAGGUGCGGCAAUCACUAGAAGCUCUGUCGGGUGUAAUCCUGACAGACAUGGGCCAUGGAACAGCGAACGUCGACGUGCCGAACGAAGCAGCCUUCAGUUAG